GAUCGAUUCCCUUUCGUUGCGAAUCGCGAACCAUGAUUACAGUCGAAGGAGUAAUUUGAAAUUCCCAACUUCUGUUACUAGAUCUUAAAUAACGUUAGAAAUUAAGAGAAAAUGAGUCCUAUGAGACUAGAGAUAUGGAGAGGCGAUUGGGGAUUGCCUUCUACGGACGUUAAUUGUUUACGCGUGCUGGCAUAUGCCAAAUUCUCCGAAGCUCCUUUAGAGGUUAUGGCAACAAGUAAUCCCUUCCGAGCCCCGAAAGGCCAGUUGCCCGUCUUAAGAUGCGAUGCGCAGACCUUAGCUACGCCAAAGGACAUAACGGCAUUCCUUAACGCAAGAAAUUAUACAACUGACUUUGGACUGAAUUCAAAACAGUGUGCCGAAGUAUUAGCAUAUGACACGAUGCUGAAAGAUAAGCUUUAUCCAGCACUUCAGUUCAUAUGGUGGGUUGAUCAAAAGAAUUGCACCGAAAUAAUAAGACCAUGGUAUGGCAAGGCUAUUCCUUUUCCCUUAAGUUUGUAUUAUCCUGGGAAAUUUGAAAGGCAAGCGAAAGCAAUGGUGGAAGCACUUUAUCCCCUUGAAGAUAUUAGUGGGAUAGAAAACGAGGUAUACUCCGAAGCUCAAAAGUGCUUAACAUUGUUGUCCACGAGACUAGGAGAGUCCCAUUAUUUCUUUGGAAGUGCUCCUACUUCUCUCGACGCAAUUAUAUAUUCCUACUUGGCUCCGUUGCUCCAAGCGCCAGUGCCAAAUGCUGCCCUUCAGAAUCAUCUGAAAGCCUGCGGAAAUCUGACUCAAUUUGUGACGAGGAUUACUCAGAAAUACUUUCCAGAUGAUUACACAAGGUACAUGAAGCAAAAAGCAGAGGAGAACGCACAGAAACUAAGAAGGGACUCGGACAGUGAAUUCCCUAACAAGAGAAGAAACCAAUUUCUGGCAGGGCUCUGUGCUACUCUAGCGAUGGUGAGCUACGCCUUGUCGACUGGCAUCGUACAAGUGCUAGUCUAUUUAAUAAGGCGCGGAAAGUUUAUUAAACUACCUAAGAAAAAGAAGAGACAUCCCACGUAAGGUGAGAUGUUGGAUACGUGGUUCUCAUAAUGGGCAGACUGAUGAACCGAGCAUAAAACUGCUGUGGUCUUCCGAUAAAUUUGCAUCGAACAAGGAUCACUGGAAUUUUUACGAAUAGCUGGGCUAGUAGAGAAAUGAACUAAACAAUCUUUGAUACAAUUUCUUCUAUUCUAUCUUCAGAGUUUAAAAUCCAUCUUGAUAUUUUCUAUAUUUUGAUAUCUUUCUGAAUAAUUUUCAUUUUUUGUAUUUGUAUGUACACACGGUUUUGUGAUAAAAUAUAUAUUCACAUCGUUGAAGACAGAAUGGAGCAAAAAUGUGCAAUAUAAGACUAAUUUUUACACGUCAAAGUAUUUUAACUAACUUUUGCAUGCGAAUGUAUUCUAUUGGUACGAAGACAGAGAAACCACAUAUGUUUG